AUGUUCAACAACCUUGUCAACAGAUCUACAGCGAAAGUCGGCAAUAGUGCCAAAUACGCUCUGUUUGACGUGAACGAUGCUGCUGUGGAAGGCGUCAUCCAGCGGCACCAAACGCGGAACCCAGCUGUGUCUAUACAUCGGUGCUCUUCCCCAUGCGAUGUGGCACAAAAGGCUUCGACGAUUAUUACGAUGGUGCCCACAGGUCGCCACGUAGAGGACGUUUACCUCGGCGACAGCAGCGUCAUUCGCGCCUUGGAAAAGUUGGACGAGCAGCAAAGAUCGUCGACUUUGUGUCUUGACCAGUCCACCAUCGAGCAAAGUGUCAGCAGGUCUGUCGCUCUGAAAUUGAGGGAGACUGGUGCCGACCUAUUGGACGCCCCCGUGUCUGGAGGAGUGAUCGGUGCUAGAGAUGGUACUCUCGCGAUAAUGGUCGGCGGCAACAAGAGAUCAUUUGAACGGGCAGUCCCUUAUCUCCAGCCUAUGGCCAGCAAGGUCACAUAUUGCGGUGAUCUUGGUGCUGGUCUUGCAGCGAAGAUAUCCAACAAUCUCUUGCUAGGGAUCACUAUGCUGGGUCUAAGCGAGGCCAUGCUGCUGGGCAAGAGGCUCGGUGUUGAUCCUCAAGUUCUCGCAGAUAUCAUCAACAAUUCAACGGGGAGAUGUUGGUCUAGUGAGAUCAACCAUCCCGUUCCGGAAGUCAAGGUGGGACAUACAAGCCCUCCAGCCCAUCGUCAAUACGCGGGAGGCUUCGUUACCAGCCUAGCGCACAAGGAUCUGGCCCUGGCCGUGAAGGCUGCUGUGGAAGUAAACUCACCACUGCCGCUUGGAAGACGUGUCGAAGAGGUUUAUCGACCUCUUGCUCAGACGACGGAAUGGGGAAGUCGCGACUUCAGUGUUGUCUAUGAGGCACUCGACGAGGCGAUAGUUGGGCAUGACACUAACCAGGUUUAG